AUGCCAACUAUUGGGAAGGAUACCGAACAAGCUCAUUCACUUAAACGAAUUAUUAAUAAUAGGUGGGAACAAAGUACUAUUAUCAAUCAGAUUACUGAUCAUAUAAAUGAUAUGAAUAUUAAUUCCAAAAAUAUAUUGAUUCUGAUAGAAUUAUUUGAGAAAUUGACUAGCAUUGAAGAUAUAUAUGAUCCAAAAUCUAUUCAUAAAAUGAUAAAGAUAUUCAGGAAAGAUUUGAUAGAGAAUGGUUAUAGUGAAAAAAAAUAUAUUAUCACUCGUCCUCUUCCUCCGGUCAUUGGCAUAUGGAAAAGAUAUUUCCGUCCUGCAAGUAAGACAUCAUGGUUGACUAUUUCCCACAGUGCCGGCUACAAAGGAGGAUCAAUCCAGGCAAUCAAGGAUGGAUUAGACGAAUUAGGAGGGUCGAGGGCCAACUGGCUCAAAGAUUUUGUGCAAAAUUAUUCUACUCUAAACAUGUUUGAUUGUACAUACGAUUCUAACUUUUUCCUUCAAGAAGAUUUUGAUCAUUUUUCUAACUAUAGUGUGUCUGAUUUUGACGAUUCUGAUGAUUGCGAUUUCGAUACCUACGAGCUUAAUAAAUCCAAGCGUCAGUUCUUUCAACCUAGAACUUACAAAUACUUUUCUCGACCAAAUGUUCCUACUGAGGAAAGACUUAUAUCAUGCGAGACUCUUAGCCCAGAUAGCUUCGUAGUUCGCAAAGAAGAGGGUGGAUUUAUGCACUUUAGAAACAUUCACGAAAUGGAAUCUUAUAUUAACUCCAUCCCAGAAUUCUACCAAACUUUCCAUGAAUAUAUUUGUAAAGGCCGGUUGCAAAAAAUCAAGCUUGAUUUGGAUGGUGAUAUCGAAAAGCUGGCCUCAUAUCCCGAUCCGCUAUCUCAAGAAUAUGCAAAGAAUCUCUUGACCGGCUCUUCUAUUCCUUGUCUGAGAAGCGAUGUUGCCAAGCAACGCCUUUCCUCGUGGAAAAAGAUGUCAUUAAGAGACCGCAAAACCGAUGAAAUUGUUUUCCUGAUUAAGAAAGGUCUAUAUACUUUGAUAAAAAAAUUGACCGGUAGGUGUGUCUCAUCUUCUGAUAUUCUGAAAGCCGAUUCUUCUAACAAUUUCAAAUGGAGCCUCCAUAUUAUUUUGUCACAGUUUUUUGUUAAUGGAGCUACUAAAGCAAGAAAGUUUAUAGAAGACCUUUUUCAGAUUCUUCCCUCCGAUUUCAGCACUCAGCUUAGAUCUCUCAAGAUCCUUGAUGAGGGAGUCAAUAAAGAUUAUCAGUCUUUUCGCAUGGCAGGCUGUCAUAAGAUUGCGAAUCCAACUAGAGUUAAAAAAAUUGUUACCGAGCAUUCAUGGCGAGAUUCUCUUAUAACUUACAUAGAAGGAAAUGCUGUUGAAUUAUAUCCUUUUCUAGAUUUAUCUUCUGAAGAGUUAAGUUUACAUACAUCUAAUUUCGAGACUCUUAGCGAUAGAAAGAAGGAAGAAUUGUCUGAUCAGAUUAUAAAAAUAGUUGAGGAUCAAUUUCCGUUCUUAUCUUUCCGCAAUCAUAUCUCUGGACGAGAUAAUUUUGAUCACUUACAACCAUCUUUAUGCGAUAUAUGCAAUAGUGCUGAAGAGCAUACUAGCGAUGGAAUGUAUGGCAAGUGGAUUAAGGAUUCGUAUUAUCUUUUCUGCUAUAGGCAAACAGAGACUGGUGAGCCCUUAAAAGUUUUUGAAGCAGAUUGCUAA